AUGUCUGCCAUUGAUCCGUCAGCGACCAGCGCUGCAGCCGCCGUAUUCCAACGCUGGUCAGAUCGCCACACCAAGGCCCCGAGUCGGUACGUGGCCGAGCCGAGCGUAAGGCAGCCGCCGUCCGCCGGCGGACCUUCUGCACCGGAGAAGCACUCGGAGUCAAAGCCGCAGCAGCAUGCUGUGCAGACUCACGCAGUGGCGGGCUCGGACUCGGAGGAGGACAUGCCGUUGUCAAAGCGCAGGGCGGUCGUCGCUGCCGCCGACUCGGACUCGGAGGAUGACGCGCCGCUGUCAAAGCGCAAGGCGGUCGCCCGCGCAGUCGCCUCCAAGCCCAUGCCUAUGAUUCCCCGACCGGCGGCGGAGCAGGCGCUGCCCGCGAGCGCUCCGGAGCUGCCCCCCCACCAGGCGGCGCCAAGGUCGCGGGUGAUGGCGGAGCGGGUCGUGGACACCGUCCAGCAGUACUACGUCGACAGCGAGGCGGGGGCGGGCUGGCAGCGAGCCAGCGAGGUGGAGGCUGGGCUCGUCGCCGCCUUUUGGGAGAGCGCCCUGUGCGAGCGGGAGGCCGACGGAGGCGAUUCGCUGAUGACGGCCACCGAGCCGGCGGAGCGAGUUCGGUGCUUGGCCUGCUUGGGCAGGCACAGGAGGCACGUCUGUGGCCGCACUUUUGCAACGCUGCCGCCGCCUGCAUCCGUGCCGCCGCCUGCGUCCGUGCCGCCGCCUGCGUCCGUGCCGGCGGCUGCGUCCGUGCCGCCGCUUGCGUCCGUGCCGCCGCUUGCGUCCGUGCCGGCGGCUAUGCCUGUACCGGCCUCUUUCCCUCCGCCUCCGGAGGGGUCUGUGCCUGUGCCGCCGCCUCCGCCGGCAGCCGUGCCUGUGCCGCCGCCUCCGUCGUCCCCGGAGCGAGUUCGGUGCUUGGCCUGCGAUGGCAGGAGCACGAAGCACAACUGCGGCCGCAGCUUUGCGAUCAAGGCGGCGGCGAUGUCCGCUCCCAGCGGGAUGGCGGCCCGCCCGGUGUGCGGCGCGUGCGGAGAGGAGAAGCUGGCGUCUGCCUCCUCGCAGCAGCAGCUAUCCCAGCAGCCCGCACGCCGCUGCACGGCUUGCGUGCGGGACAGCGCGUGCAGCAGCGUGGCAGCAGAAAGUGAGGGCUUGCGCCUGCACCUCUCGAGCAGCAACGGAACCGGGUACAAGGGCGUGUUCAAGGACACCUCCAAGCCGACCGUCCGCUUCCGUGCGGGGCACAGCGUGGCUGGCAAGACGGUCAGCCUUGGCAGCUUCGGCACGGCGGUGGAGGCGGCGGCGGAGGGGCUGUGCCUUCACCUCUCGAGCAGCAACGGAACCGGGUACAAGGGCGUGUUCAAGGACACCUCCAAGCCGACCGUCCGCUUCCGUGCGGGGCACAGCGUGGCUGGCAAGACGGUCAGCCUUGGCAGCUUCGGCACGGCGGUGGAGGCGGCGGUGGCGUACGCGCGGUCGGUCGCGGGCGAGGCGCCGGAGCCCCAAGCUCGAGCUCUGUGUCCGACGGUGGUGGCGGAGGCGGAGGGGCUGCAGCUGCACCUGUCCGACAAGACCUCCACCGGCUACAUGGGCGUGCGCGACGAGACCGGCCGCUUCCGAGCGGAGCGCUCUCACGUCCACCUCGGCUACUUCGACACGGCGCUGGAGGCGGCGGUGGCGUACGCGCGGGCGGUCGGGCAGGAGAAGGCUGAGGCCUCGCGGGGCGGCAAGAAGCGGGGCGGCAAGGAGCGGAGCGGCGGUGGCGGUGGUGGAGCUUCGGCGGCCGCCGCGAGCGAGGGAGGGGGGAAGCGUCGCAAGGCGCGCAGCAGCCUCCACGAGGCGUCCGCCUCGGACCUCUUCGAGUCUCGCUUCUCUCCGCUCGGCUCGCCGUCGCUCCGCCUCGCCCCUGCCGUGCGGGCGGCCUUCGACUCGCUGCCGGCGCACGAGCAGGCGCGGCUCGCGGCCUUCCUCCCCGGGCCAGACCGCGAGCCAGCCGCGUGGGCGCAGGCGCUGCGCUCCGAGGCGCUCGCGCAGGCGGAUGUGCUGCGCGUGCGCCGCGCCUCCGCCCUGCGCAAGGCAGAGCGCACGCAGCAGCUCCACCUCGAGCGGCUGAGGCAGGCCGUCGGCGCAGAGGGCGGCGCGGGCCUCGCCCGCUGCCUCAACCAGGCGGCGACCAGCGCCAGCGGGGCGGGCACCGAGCCCGAUCCUGCGCCGCCGGCAGAGCCAGAGGCUGCGGGGGUCGAGGCAGCCGCACUGCCGAGGCUUUGCGCCGCAACGUUCCUGAUGCCGCCGGCGCCGCUGCAGCCGGCGGAGCGGGAAGUCUCCGAGCGCGCCGCCGCGCCAGUCGUGACGGAGCGUCCGCCGCAGGAAGGCGCCGAGUUUGCGAUGAGGAACGCGCCGUCGCUGUGGCUGCUCGGGGCCGUAGCGGCCUCGUUCCAGGCGGGCGAGCCAGGCGAGCCAGACGAGGUCGCCGACGCGGACUAG